UUCCAAGCCCGUGCCUUCGGAGACUUUCAAACCCAACAAAUAGACACACUUCGCAUAUAUAUAUAUAAAAAUGAAACAAACCCCACGCAUCGACUCAAUAUAUUUCAAACGCGAUGCUUUAGAAUGCUACAAAAUUCAAAGAAAGUGAUCCUUUUCCAACUCUCUCUCCUUCUUCUCUCUUGCUUUCUCUCCAAGUUGCGCGUCUAGAUUGGGUUUGAAAGUCAAAACUUCUGCACAAACAGAGCCAAAAGUUCCUUCGUCCUUCUCACAAUCUCUAGCUGCUUUCCUGUGUUUGCAUAAUUCAAUCAUAUAAUUCACAACCCACUUGCUGGAUUGGGCUAAAUCUUUCAUUUUCUUUGUUUCUUUGAUUUUUGGUUUCAUUUGAGACAAUCCCAGUUUUGGGUUUAGCAGAGGAGAAGCUCUCUUUGAUUGGCUUGGAGUUUUGUUGGGUUUUAAAUUCCCCCAAAAGCAGAUUUGGAUGCCAGUUUUGGUUUAAAUGAAUUUUUGAGAUUUCAAACUACAUACUCAUAUUGAUAAAUUGUGAAAAAGAAAAUCCAGCUUUCAGAUUCUUUGGAGUUGAUGCUCUCAGGGUCUACUAGCUAUUAGUUGAUUGAGUUUGAGGUGAUUUCAUAACUUUGUCAAUCUUGGAUUGUAGAUACUGCCUUCCAAGGUUUUUGGGUUUUGAAAUUCAGGUUCAAAGAGGUCAGCUUUUCACUAACUUCAGCUAGAUUGAAGUUGAGGAUAUUUGAUCCAAUUGCCAAUCCAUAUUGAAUCUGUGGUUUAAAGUUUGUGGGACUUGUGAAUUAUGGAGGGCACUCAAGGUGGUUCUAAUGCACCAGCGCCUUUUCUUACAAAAACAUAUGACUUGGUGGAUGACCCCUCAUCCAACCACGUUGUGUCUUGGAGUGAAACUGGUUGUAGUUUCGUGGUUUGGGAUCCCACAGAGUUCGCCAAAGAAAUGCUUCCCAUGUAUUUCAAACACAACAACUUUUCAAGCUUCGUGAGGCAGCUGAAUACAUAUGGGUUUAGGAAGAUUGAUCCUGAACAGUGGGAGUUUGCAAAUGAGGAAUUCUUAAGAGGAGGAAGACAUCUGCUGAAGAAUAUUCACCGCCGCAAGCCAAUUCAUAGUCAUUCCACGCAGAAUCAUGAGUAUUCUUCAGUUCCUUUAAGCGAGACAGAAAGAGAAGAAUAUGAGAAGAAAAUCAAUAGACUGAAUCAUGAGAAAAGCUUGCUUGAGUUAGAGCUACAAAGGCAUCAAAGAGAGAAUCAAGAGUUUGACUAUCAAAUACAGAUAUUACAAGAACAACUGCAGAAAAUGGAACAUCAGCAGAAACAGUAUACCUCCUUCUUGGCUGAACUACUGCAGAAACCAGGAUUAGCUUCUAUACUUAUGCAAAAAUCAGAUAUCCAUAACAAAAAGAGAAGAUUGUUGAAAUCUAGCCAGUUUCCUGAUGACUUCAAGAUGGAAAUUUUGAAUUUGAAUACGCAGAACGAAAACCUGGGUACAAUUUCAACUCCCGUAAUUAAGUUGGACCAGCUUGAGAUGAUGGAGUCUUCCUUAAACUUUUGGGAAGAUUUUCUACAUGGGAUCGGGGAAGCAAUGCCUGAAGAAGUAAAUGAUAUUGGCUCGUUAUCUCAGGCCUCUCCCAUCAUUGUUACAGAAAUACAAGACCCUGGCAUGAAUAGCAGGCCUUGCUCGCCUAGAUCACAUUUAUCUUCGCCAAAUUCAAUGAAUGUUUCAUCCCCAGAGGUGAUUGGGUCUGCAAAUUUUCUUGACAUCCUUGCUAUAACAUCAACUUGCCACAAUGUUGAUUUCAGGCCAAAAUCUUCAGGGAUUGAUAUGAACUCUAAGCCUGAUAGUGCUCCUGCGACUGAGGCCUUGAAAGAAAGGGUACAGGAAAUGAAAAAUGCCAUGCCUGCUGCGGCGAAUGAUAUGUUUUGGGAACAGUGCCUUACAGAGACCCCUGGUUUAGAUGAUGCGCAGGAAGUACAGUCUGAAAGAGGGGAUAGUGAUGGCAGAGUGAGCGAUACCAAUCCAGCUAUUCAGAAAAAGCUUUGGUGGAACACAGAUGUAGAUAACUUCACAAACCAAAUAGGGCGCCUCACUCAUGCUAGUUGACCGGUGAACACUUGCGUUUCAAUGUUCAGAUUUAUACUAUAUAAACUUUAAGUUGGAAUUACUUAGUCCUGUAUUUUCUAGAUAUUCCAAUUUUUCUUUAGCUCAUUCUUGUGGUGCAUAUUUGAUUCUUUCUGAUAUAGCUUGGACUUAGAGAUACAAUAAGCUAGAGACACAAACUUCUUCACUAUUGUAUGUAAA